AUGCUCUUCGCCGCGCCCACUCGGCUCAACUUUGUGGUGGUUGGGCUCGUCAUUACGGCCUUCCUCCUGUUCUACGGCUCCUUUCGAUCUCCCCGCCCCGAAGAGCAAGAUCUCUUCGAGUCCGCGGAUGCGAUUCCUACCAUCCUCGAAGCUUCCCUGGCGCAGCCCCCGGCGAGAACGACGACGCAUGUCGAGGAUGUUACCCAUCAUGUUCCUCCAGAUGAUUUGGCCCAUCGGGUUCAGAACGAGACGCUGGGGUUCCAAGAGAUAUACAUGAUAUCACUACCCGGAAGGACGGAUAAGCAAGACGCCUUUGCAGUGCAAGCCGCCUUUUCCGAAAUCUCAUAUACACAAGUGGAUGGAGUUUAUGGCCACGAGGUCCCUGUGAAGGCGCUACCCCACACUAUGGGCCAAAGUUCCAAUGUCAUCGGAUGUUGGCGCGCACAUCUGAAUGUUUACCAAAGAAUGGUCCAUGAAAAGGUCUCGACAGCUUUGGUUUUUGAAGACGACGCUGAUUGGGACGUCUCGCUCAAAGAGCAGCUGGUGCAGUUCGCCAGAGGCUCGAGAUUUAUCACUAAUACUGCCGAGGAUGCAUUUGCUCAUUCUCCGUAUGGGCAUGACUGGGAUAUGUUGUGGAUUGGCCACUGCGGCACCUGGGUCCUUCCUGACGACAACCGACGAUUCUUCGUUAUCCCAGAUGACUAUACCGUCCAGCCCCCCGAGGCCCGUGUCGAUAAUGUCGACCAACCUGACAUGAGCCACUGGGAAAGCGGCCCUCGAGGCGACAAUCGAACGAGAAUAGUUUUCCAUUCGGAAGGAGGAGUCUGCACGGCGUCCUACGCCAUCUCCCAAAAAGGCGCACGGAAAGCUCUCUAUCAUCUCUCCAUGGUGCCCUACAAUAGUCCGGUCGACUGGGGCUUGGCCAAUCUGUGCAAGAACAAAGAGUACGAGUUCACCUGCGUAUCACCGUGGCCGCAACUCGUGGGGGUAUCUCGGCCCACGGCGAAUACUGCGAAAUGGAGCGACAUCGGAUAUGGUCCAGAUUCUGAGCGAGUGGUUGAGCAAGGUAGCUCACUACAUCUUGUCUAUCCCACCCGCCAGAACAUUCCGAACUUCCUCCACGGAAAGACCAUCUUUCACAGCCAGUACCCUGACAUUGCGCCACCAAUGAGUAUCAAGGAGAUCGGAAAAGCGGUCGGCCACGUUGAAAUUCUGGAACCCGAGAACCUACCCGAACACGGAUGA